AUGUGUUGACAUUAGUUUAUAAUAGCUCAUAAUAGCCUGAGAGAAUGAUAUGUGCAUUGAAUUUGUGAAGGUAAAAAAAGGUUCAUAAAUCGGAUCAUCUAUUUCUACAUGUUCUAGGAGAACUCACUACAUUAUAUAAAUAACCAUGCCAGAAUACUGUCCAAGAUGUGAUAAACUUGUUUACUUUGCUGAAGAAAUUGUAGCUCUGAGCAAAAAAUGGCAUAAGUUGUGUUUUAAAUGUGGAAAUUGUAACAAGCUGUUGGACAGUACGUCUUGUACAGGUCAUGAUGGGGAUGCUUUCUGUAAAGCCUGCUAUGGAAAGCUGUUUGGACCAAAAGGAUAUGGAUUUGCAUCUGGUGCUAGUGGACUCUCUAUGGAUACAGGCAGACCAUACCAUGUCACAAGAGAUAAUGUGUCACACAUACAGACAGCUCAAAUAGCCCCCAAGUUAAACAACGGAACAGAGAAGCCAAGGUUAGGAUUAGCUGAUGGUUGUCCACGAUGUGGUAGACAGGUUUAUUUUGCUGAGGAAAAGAGAGCACUAGGAAAAAAGUGGCACAAAAUUUGUCUGAGUUGUCAUAGUUGUAAGAAGUUAUUAGACAGUACAACAUGUAACGAUCACAACGGUGAGAUUUAUUGUAAGGCCUGCUACGGUAAAAGUUUUGGACCUAAAGGUUACGGAUUUGCAGGUGGAGCCUCUGGAUUAAACAUGGAUACUGGUGUUAGAGGGGAGAUUACUACAAGGGAUAUAUCUACUUAUCAGAAGGCUCAGGCUGCACCUUUGAUCAAUGGUAAUGAAAAGUUUGGAGGUGGAAACAUGUGUCCUAAAUGUGGGAAAACAGUUUACUUUGCUGAGGAAGUCAAUGCCAAGGGCAGGAAAUACCACAAGCUUUGCCUUAGAUGUGGUAACUGUAACAAGAUGUUAGAUAGUACUACCUGUACAGAUCAUGGCAAUGAUGUUUACUGUAAGAAUUGUUAUGGAAAGCUCUUUGGACCAAAAGGAUAUGGAUUUGCAGGAGGAGCUUCUGGACUCUCCAUGGACACAGGAAAUCCUGAUGAAGUAACUCGAGAAAAUGUAUCAAGCUUAUCUAUUGCCCAGGCUGCACCACUACUUCCAGACACAAAACAAAAUGCUGUAAUAGGGGGUGGAGACAUUUGUCCUAGGUGUGGUAAAGCUGUCUACUUUGCAGAGAAAGUAUUUGGAGGAGGACAGACAUAUCACAAGAGUUGUUUUAAAUGUACUGCCUGUGGGAAAGGACUUGACUCUACUACACUUACACAUAAAGAGGAUGAAGUCUUCUGUAGAUCAUGUUAUGCAAAAUAUUUUGGACCAAAAGGAUUUGGUUUUGGACAAACCCUGCAGCAUACAGGAUAAAAUGAAACAAGUGGAUUAUAAAAGAUGAAAGUAUCUACUCAAGAAAAUCAAACCUGGCAUUAUCACAGAUUUCUUUGUUUUUGACAAACUUAUGCAUAAACAUUUUUUUUGUUAGGUUCUAAAACAUGAAGAUAUUAAUGUAUAAGUUUAAAUUGAUGUUGAUUGAACAGAUGUUUUUAUGCAUAUGGUAAUGCCAAAUGUGUUUUAAUGAAAUUUCUUUUCUUUGAUUUUACUAUACUUUUAAGUCAUGCAUGUGUUAGUUGUCUACAUUUUACAGAUCAUAUGCACAUAAUUUUUUUUUUUUUUUUUAAGAAUCUCAGAUAGAAUAUAUUUUUUUUUCUUUUUUAAUGGUAAUACAAAUAAUGAUUAUUUGGUUUCAAUUAUAUACCUUUUUUGGCAAAAGCCGAACAACACACUGUAGAUAUGACUUCCAUUAGUCAUUAACCGCAUUUAAGUCUGUUUAUAAAUAUAUAUGAUGUGAAAUUGAUCUGAAAUAUGCCCUGUCAUAAUAAUAAAUUUACAUUUGUUUUUUAUGAAAAUUUUAUGAAAAAUUGUAUCACAUAGCCCUAAAUUGGUGUAUUUGUAUUCUGAAUUUUAUUCUUUUUUUGUACUCUAGCUAUAUUUUAUUUGUUAAACUAAAUCAAACCAAUUCAGUUUAUUCAUAAUUAAUAAGUAAUUUUUCUUUUGUAACAAUUUAUAAUAUUUUAAUAAAAAAUCAUGCUUUCUUUCUAUAUAUUCAAAAUUUACAUAGAUAAUAUCAUACUUUUUACAUAUCAAGAAACAUGAAGUAAUUUUAUGCUUGCCAGACAAAAAGGUUGUGUGCAUUCCAUGUUUAAAGAUAACAUUUUUAUGUUGAAUUUUGAUAUUAUAAUCAUGAAGUUAGUAA